AUGGUGACUGAAUCCUGGGAAGUUCUUGUGCACAACAAGCAACUUGAAGAUGCUGCUAAAAUCCUACCCGAAUGGCGAAUCUCGGAAGAACUGACCAAGAUAUCUGAGACAUCCAGCAUGAAUGUGCUUGAUGUUCCACGCCAGUCAGGAAUCUUGUCAGCAAGACAGCUCGAGAUAACUGAAAACCAUGAUGCAACUGCUCUGCUACGCAAGAUUCAUCGCCGAGAGCUGUCUGCCUAUGAGGUCACCGAAGCAUUUUGCAUUCGCGCUGCUAUUGCCCAGCAGGUGACUCGAUGUCUCACUGAGACUUUCUUUGAGCGUUCUCUGCAGCGUGCAAAGGAUUUGGAUGAGAUAUUAUCCAAAACAGGGAAACUUGCCGGGCCUUUGCAUGGCUUAUCAAUCAGUUUCAAGGAUUGCUUCAACAUCGUUGGGGUUCCGUCCACGAUUGGAUUUACCUCGUUCAUCAAAAAUGGUCCACUCAGUUCAACUUCCCCGGUGGUUCAGAUUUUGCUUAACUUGGGAGCCUUCCCGUGUGUGAAGACAAACGUUCCCCAAACAAUGAUGGCCGCGGAUUCGCACAACUACGUAUUCGGCCGGACGCUCAACCCUCACCGAUUGAAUCUUACCGCCGGCGGGUUGACUGGGGGAGAAGGGGCACUGAUUGCUAUGAGAGGAUCGGUGCUGGCUAUCUACAAUGGGAUCUACUCGUUGCGACCAUCUGCGGACCGCAUUCCAUACGGGGGACAGACUAGUUCCAUUCGCGGAGGUCUGGCUGGGAUCAAGGCCUGCGCAGGGCCCAUGGCAACGUCAGUCAGAGAUCUGGAGCUGUUCAUGAGACUCGUGACUAAUGCAGACCCAUGGCAAUUUGAUUCUUCCGCUUUGUUUUCUCCAUGGCGCACCGUUGUCGCCAAGUCCACUUUGCGACUUGGGCUCAUCCAGGAGGAUUCUCAUUUCCCUCUGCAUCCGCCUGUUUUGCGAACCCUCAGAAGAGCAACCGAGAAGCUUCAAACAGCUGGAAAUGAGAUCAUUCCUCUAAACACCCCGCUUAUUCGAGAUGCCUGCACGUUGGCAUUUCGCAUGUUCUCAAUGGAUCCAGCUCUGACUCCAUUCAAACACAUCGCUGCUAGUGGGGAACCAACCAUCCCUGCCUUGGCAUCGACAUCUCUGAACGAUGGCUACAUGCCAUACGGGUAUGCCCCAUUGACACUCGAAGGGUUGUAUGGCCUGAAUGAGGAGCGGAACCACCUCAAGGAAGAGUUCCGCAAUCUCAUCACGCAAGCAAAAGUGGAUGCUAUUAUCAUGCCCGGCUAUCAAGGUACCGCUCAGCCCCAUGACAUGUUUGGCUUUGUGCCUUACACUGUCCUUUGGAAUGUGAUGGAUUAUCCGAGCUGCAUCAUUCCGUAUGGCAAGGCGAACAAAACCGCCGACAAGGCAUUCAUUCGGAGUGUGAACUACAAACCUCCUUACGUUGCUGAUAACAUCGAGGGAGCUCCGUGUUGCGUGUAG